AUGCCUUUCACCAAACUUGUCAAGAACUCCCCCUACUUUUCGCGAUUCCAGACCAAGUACAAGCGCAGACGCGCUGGUAAGACCGACUACUAUGCACGAAAGCGCUUGAUCUCUCAAGCCAAGAACAAGUACAACUCUCCCAAGUACAGACUCGUCGUCCGCUUCACCAACCGCGAUAUCAUUUGCCAGCUUGUGACUGCCGAACUCACUGGUGACAAAGUUUUCGUAGCUGCAUAUGCUCAUGAGCUCAAGAGAUAUGGCAUCUCCAAUGGCCUGACCAACUGGUCUGCGGCAUACGCCACUGGUCUCCUGCUGGCCCGCCGUGCUCUCAAGAAACUCGACCUUGACGAGGACUUCACCGGUGUUGAGGAAGCUGAUGGAGAGUACAAGCUCACUGAGGCUGCCGAGGGUGAGGACGGUGAGGGACGUCGACCAUUCAAGGCCUUCCUUGAUGUCGGUCUUCACCGAACCUCAACUGGUGCCCGUGUCUUCGGUGCCUUGAAGGGAGCAUCUGAUGGUGGUCUAUACAUUCCCCACAACGAGAAGCGUUUCCCCGGAUACGACAAUGAAAGCAAGGAACUCGAUGCCGACACCCUUCGCAAGUACAUCUUCGGCGGUCACGUUGCUGAGUACAUGGAGACUUUGGCCGAUGACGAUGAGGAGCGCUACAAGUCUCAAUUCAACAAGUACAUUGAUAACGACAUCGAGGCCGACGGGCUGGAAGAACUCUACACCGAGGCCCACUCCGCCAUCCGUGAGGAUCCCUUCAAGAAGGAUGACGAGGAGGGUGAGAAGAAGAGCAAGGAUGAGUGGAAGGCUGAGGGCAAGAAAUACCGCACCCUGAAGUUGUCCAAGGAGGAGAAGGAGAAGAGAAUCAAGGAGAAGAUUGCUUCUCUCGCUUCUUAG